AUGGCAGCCGCCACCGUGGACCUAGGCUACCUAUCCACCCACCUCGGCGUCCCAGAGACAACGCUGACCACAGUCACGACCGAUCCUACCGCGGAACUUGUCAAUAGCGUUCUUGAGGCUGUGGUCGCGAAGGCGCGCGAAUAUGACACACUGUACUCAGAGAAACUCCAGGUCGACAUCGAGCUCGAGAAUGCUGUACGAAGCGCCGAGGCGCGUUGCCAGUCAUUCAAGGCAACGGCCGACAAAGCCCUGAAGGACGUAGAAGAAAUACGACAGAAACUUCAGGAUGAAGAAUCAUCUCGUCAGGCUCUUCAAAACCAGCUUGAGUCUCUGAAGUCCUCCACGACAACAUCACAAUCGCAACUCGAUACUCUGCGCGCGCGCAUCACAUCACUCGAGACAUCCAACCGAGAGACGCUUGCGAUCGUUGAGUCGAAGACAACGGCGAACGCAGAGCUUUCGGAGGAGCUUCAGAAACAACACCAGAAAAACCUUAAACUCGGCCAAGAGAUUUCGUCUCUACAGCAGUCCGUACAGGCAGCGCAGGCUGCUGCAAACAGUGCGAAGUGGCGUGAGCAGAACAUUCAACAAGAACUUGCUCUGGCUCGUAAGAAUAAUGAAUGGUUCGAGAACGAACUCAAGACAAAGAGCGAAGAGGCUCUCAAGCUGCGGAAGGAGAAGGGCGCCCGGAUUGCUGAACUGCAGCGUAUCAACGACGAAGCCUCUUCGAAUAUCGAAUCACUCACCCGAACAGAGCAACAACUUCGGUCAAGGCUAGAUGAAGCGCAAAAGAAGGCUGAUGAGGCUCUCUCAAAGGUACAGCAGCUUCAAGAGGCUGCAGCUCGUUCUGAAGAUGCCUUUAGACAGGAGCUUGAGUCUUCUAGGCGCUUGGUUGAGCUCAAGGAACAACAAACGGAGACCCACCGGAACAGAUUGCGAGAAGUUGAGCAACGGCUUGAGCAGGUGAAGGAUGAUUGCGAGAACACGGUCCGGAAUGCUAAUCACAAUCUGGAGCAAGAGAAGAUGCACCAUAGUGAGGCCUUGGAGAGAAUUCAAACGCUGGAGCAUGAUCUGGAAAACGCACGAGUAAAUCAGGCUGUCUCUAAUUCUCGACCACAGACACCACAGCCUAAUGGAUCUGUAUUUGGCCGCAUGGCAUCUCCAUCAGGUACACCGGCUUCAAUCCGGGGCAAGGCCAGCACAAUGGCGACACAGACUCUUACUGAACUGAUCAAGGCUCAAGCUGAGCUCAGGGAGGAGAAGAGGAAGAAUGAAACUCUGAACAAUGAAAUCGAAGAAAUUCUAUCCGCACUGGAAGCUAAGGGUCCAGAGCUUGACGAGCUGCAAGCCGAAGCUGAAAGAUUGCGAAGGGAGAAUAUUCAGAUGACACAACUUGCAGAUGAGAGUUAUCAAGAACGCGAUCUAGCCAAGAAAGCUGCAAAGAAAGCCGAAGCUGCAGCCAACACAGCCCAAGCUGAGAUUAAGAUUCUUCGUGCGCAACUCCGGGACCUCAGCAGCCAGAUACAGCUCCUCGUUUUCAACAUGCAUGCACAAGAGAAAGGUCUCGACCAACUCUCUGAAGAGGAGGCCCUACAUUUUGCCAGAUUGCAGCGAGGAGAGGUUGCGGAGAAUGCCUUGGACGAUAUGUCUGACACCCACCAGUUCAUUACCGAGAAAUUCGUGGCAUUCAAAGAUGUCUACGAGUUGCAGUCCAAGAACCAGGAACUUCUCAGAGUCACUCGAGAGCUUGCUGAUCAAAUGGAGAAUGAGGAGGCACUGGCGGCCAAACAGCAGGCAGCGAAGGACCAGCAGGAGGUCAUUCAUCUUCGUGAGACAGUCUCGCGCCUUCAGGAUGAAGUCCGUUCAAUGACAACUCGGAUGAAGAGUCACAUGCAAGAGCGCGAUAUGUUCCGUCGCCUUCUUCAGCAGAAGGCCAGCGCCGCUGAAGUCAUCUCGGCUGCGGACGGCCAAGAAUAUGCUGGCGGCCAUCGCGAGGUGCUUGCCAGCAUCGAGCAAACGUCUCAAACGGAUGAAAGCACACUGCAUACCGCCCUACGAGAACUUCAAAACAACUUUGACUCGUACCGCAAUGAGCAGGCGGCCGACCACAAGACAAUGAGGGAGCAUGUAGAUAAGCUGUCUGCGGAGAAGAGCUCUCUGCAAAGCGAGAUCGCCAAGAUCAGGAGCCAACUCGAUCUUGCUGCGGAACGAUAUAGCAUGCUACAGUCAAACUAUACCGCGUUGCAGAACGAGAACAAGGAGCUGCAGAAGCGGAACCAGAGUUUUUCGGAAACUGCAGCUAAACAGGAUAUUCGUACACAACAAUUGGCGGCAGAUCUUAUUGAGGCACGGGCACUAGUUGACAGCAUGACCAGCAAGAAAGCAAACCUCGAGGCGGAGAAGGAGCUGUGGAACAGUAUUCGCGAACGCCUAAGUCAAGACAACGAGAAUCUAUCCCAAGAAAAGGCGCGCCUAAACACGCUUCUUACUCAACAUCAAACCCUGCUUAAUGAGCGAGAACUCCACGAGUCCGAAACUCGACGGAGGUUACAAGGCCAAAUUGACUCCCUCGAGACUGAACUGAAAACAACGAAGCGGAAGUUAGCUGAGGAGGUUGAAGAGAGCAAAAAGGUCCAGUUGAGGAAAGAAUUUGAUGCUCAACAAAACCAAUCGCGAAUCGAUGAUCUUGUCACUCAAAUCAACAAGCUCAAGCAGGAUCUCACGGCAGCACAAACAAGUAAAGACCAUCUACAAGCUCGAGUUGACGAGCUCACUGUUGAGGUUCGCAAUGCUCAUGAGCGUGCUGAACGACUGCAACCUCGGCCGACUCCUAGGCCGGGCACUGGUGGUCCUGCACAGGUCGACGAGGAGACAGAAGCUCAGAUCCAGGAGCUCAUUAAUGAAGUCUCUGAUGUCAAGCGUGAUCUUGAUCUGGCCACCACUCAUCUUGAGAGUGCCAAGGCGCAGGUCGAACAAUACAAGGACCUUGCUAAGGCAAUGGAAGAGGAGCUGACCAGCGUGAACGCGACUCAAGACGAGUAUCGUGAGGAAGUUGAUGCCGCCCUAGCGGCAAAGGACACGAGAAUCAAAGAACUCGAGCAGCGGGUUGAGGACCUGUCGGCUGAGCUUGCCAAUACCAAUAAUGAGCUGUCGUCUAUUCGCGAUUCUCAAGCUGAGUUCACUCGAAAAUUUGAGGACGAGAAGCAUAUCCUUGACGCCGAAAUCGCCCGACUCAAGGAUGAAGAAGAUCGUUACAAAGAGACAGCCAAGUACCAUCAUCAAGAUCUACGUGCUCAAGCUGAAAUUGCCACCAAAGCCCAACAGGAUUACGAACAGGAAUUAGUUAAGCAUGCUGAAGCAGCCAAGGCUCUACAAAGCCUGCGCUCUGAAUUCAAUCAACUCAAAUCCGAGUCAGCUGCCCUGAAAGCGGAGGCUGAAUCCGCAAAACAUACUCUAGCCGAAAACGAACGAUCCUGGACAGACCGCGAAGAGCAGCUUCAUCAGGAGAUUGGUGAAUUGCGAGAGAGACGCAAAGAUGCCGAUCGACAAAACAAGCUGCUACAGGAGCAGCUCGACAGCGUGUCAUCACAAAUUUCUGCCAUCCAGCAGAGUCGUGCUGCUCUUGCUGAUGAGCCUGAAGCUGGUAAUUCGUCAGUUGUUGGCGGUGAAGCCGAACGCCUACGGGAACUCAACGCUUAUCUGAGCCGUGAGAAGGAGAUUCUGGAAGUACAAUAUGACUUGAAGGUGCAAGAAGCCAAGAGACUUCAACAACAACUCGAGAUCAAACACUCUCAACUUGAAGAAGCACAAUUGAAGCUUCAACAAGAACGCGCAGCCAGAGCGGACACUAGAACCUCGAUUUCACAUCAAGACCUCAUGAAUAAGCUGAACGAGCUCAAUUUGAUUCGCGAGAGCAACGUGACUCUCCGGAAUGAGAACCAGCGAAUGCAGGCUCAACUCGCGGAGAAGUCAGCCAAGAUUGAAGAGUUGGAAGGCAAGGUACAGCCUCUGGAGGCACGAAUUGCAGAGCUUGAGAGUCAGAAGACGUUUGUGGAGGAGGAGAUGAAGCAAUUGGGCGAGGAUCGCGAUAGAUGGCAGAAGCGAACGGAGGGCAUCCUUACGAAGUAUGGCCGCGUCGACCCUGCCGAAAUGGAGCAGAUGAAGCAGACUGUGGCCGAUCUCGAGGCCGAAAGAGAUGCCCUGAAGCAAGCCGAAGAGCCACUAAAGGUCAAGAUCCAGGAGUUGGAGACUACCAUUGAAAACGACAGAGCCCAAUGGAAGGCAACACGAGAGAAGAUCGUAGAGCAAGCCAAGGAACGCAGCCGACAACAAUCCGCAAGAAUCAGCGAAAUGACCGCCCAGAAGGCUACUAUCCAAGAACAACUCGACGCCGUUACACAACAGUUCACAACUUGUCAAGCUGAACUGGCUCAAGUCACUCAGGAGAAGGCAGCUCUGGAGGAGAAGGCAAACAAUCUAGAGCAACAAUUGGCAUCUGCUCCUAGCAGCUCUGAAGUCAUCCCCGUUCAGCCAACUGCAGACUCUUCCGACCGCGUGGCAGAAUUGGAAAAGACACUUGAAGACAUUCGCCAACAGCUAACUUCGAUGUCUGAACUUAAGUCGGCUGCCGAUCAAGAGGUUGCAAAUCUCCGCACUGAACUUGCCACUGCGAUAGAGGCACGAGACAAGGCACUCGAACAGCUCCAGAACGCCCCAGCCCAGAACGGAGACGCAGUUAUGCAAAAUGGAGUUGACAACCCCGAGCCGAGCGCUCCUGCGCAAGCUUCGAGCGAUGCUGACCGGGUAGCAUUGGAAGAGAAACUUGCUGCAGCUGAAGCCAAGGUGGCUGAGUUGGAGGAACAAAUCGAUGCCAGAGUCAAGGAGUUGACCGCCCAACGGAGCAGUGGCAUGCGGGAGCAGCUCAAUAACAAGUUGCGCGAAGCUAAGACCAAAUUCGAGAAGGAUCUCGAGGAGGCAAAGAAAGCAGCUAAUGCCGAGCUUGACUUGCGUCUUCAGCAGGAACGGGCUAUUUGGGCGGCUGAACAGAAUGUCUCUACGCCCACUCCAGGCGCCACAGUAUCAACUCCAGCCAAGCAAGAGGCUGCGGACCCUCCACAGACUCCCACGACUGGCUCGACUUCUGUACUCAUAGCCGACUUCGCGAAGCUCAACGAUAACGAGGUUCGUGAAGUUUUACAGAAGAAUGGCACUCUGAAGACCAUCUUCUCUAAUAACUUGAGGAAGAAGUUGACCGAGGAGACCAAGAAACUUCGCGAUGAAGUUGAACAAACUGUCAAGACUGAGUGGGAGACCAAGGUUAGUAGCGCUAAGGAGCAGGCCACCAUGAUGGAGUCUAAGAAGUCUUCCCUUCGUAUCAACAUGGCCGAGAACAAGCUCAAGAAUGCAACGGCCAAACUCAACAUCGUGGAAACGGCGGCAAAAGACACUCCACAGCGUCCUGUUGGCGAGGUCUGGGCUGUCGCCAAGGAUGCAAAGGCCCCACCUCCACAGCCUGCUCCUGCUGUAUCCCAAUCAACAGCAUCUCCUGCUGCACCAAGCAAUACCACCACUCUGCCACCUGCUGGUGCUGGUCUACCCCAGCCAGUGAAACCCGCACAGGCUCCUACAUCAACACCUGUUGGCACCGCGUCGCCGUCGGCGAAUUUGCCUGCAAACCCUUUCCAGAAUGCUACCGCUGCAAGCCAGCCGCCGUUGAAUCCCUUCGCAGGAGCACAAACGACGCCACAGAGCCAGCCACAGGCUCAGACUCAGACUCAGCCUCAACCCCAGACCAACGCUCCUCCACGAACCGGCAUUCCAGUCCCAGCGAAUCGGGGCGGUGCUCAAGCUAGAGGAGGUCGUGCGGGUGUCUAUCAACACCCUCGCGGUGGUCGUGGUGGUGGGCAAGGACAAGGACAACGGAAUGCGAGCGGCAAUCUAAAUCCCUCGGCCGAGAACUUCAACCCUGGGAACAAGCGUCCACGAGACUCGGAGGCUGGGACUGCUGGACCCGGUGGUGCCAAGCGACAGCGGGGUGGAGGAGGACCACGGGGAGGUUGA